AUGUGGCGCAGAAGGUUGAAGCUGACUGCAGUCCUGGCUGUGCUGCUAGCAGGGCUUUGGCUCUACCAAGGCUAUCAAGGUUGGGCCAACCUCAGCCGCUUCAACCUUACACAGCCCUGGUACCGACGACUUCCGGGCUCCACCGCUAUCGAAAGUUGGCUCUUGGGCACCCAUACGAUGGCGACGGUCCACGGAAGCCCAGUGGCCAUCACCAAGAGCACCUUGCAGAGAGACUUUGGGAUGGACGUUCUCCUGGUGAAUCGUGGGCAAACAUACCGAUUGCUCACGGCGUGCUUUCUGCAUAAUAGCAUCUUCCACAUCAUGUUCAAUCUUGGAUACCUGUAUACUUUGGCGCCUCUAGAGGUUGGCUGCCGUGGCGCCUUUCUAAGCACUUUCCUCCUCUCAGGCAUUGCAGGUAACCUUGCAUUCCUACACUUUGGCCAGGCGCGCUAUGCGUUGGGGGCCUCUGGAGGCAUUUGUGGCCUUAUUGGUUUUGAGUUGGUUUCCCUGCUGCGGAGUCGGCGCACCCGCGAAUUCAAUUUACUCCUCCGCUCCGCCUUUGGAAUGCUGGUGAUGGGGAUUUUCUUGCCAGGCAUGGCAGUGUUUGCUGCCCGUCACGCCGGCAAGCUUUCUUCCGGAAACCAGCUGAAGAACUACAGCUUGGCAGUUGAAUUCAACAGCUGUGCCACUUGGUGCCAUGCUGGGGGACUGUCCGCUGGCUUCCUCAUUGCCUUCCUGGUGGCACGCCGCAGCGGCUAUCGGGCACCCAUUCUGCCAUGGCCCUUGUUGAUGGGCUUGUUGUCCUUGGCACCAGCUGGGCGGGAGUUCCUGUCUCUUGAAUUGAAUCUGGGGUUGUCCGUGCAGGGUUCAGGGUGUCAAGCAAAUGAAAGCACCAUGCUUGAAACAGACAUCAUGACAUUUACAGUUUUGCAAGGGAUUUUGAAGGCUGGUUUGCACCUGUUUUUUUGUUCAGCACAUUGCUGGUUGAACGGCAUACCGCCUGGCAAAUCAAGCGUCCCGUCCAGCGUCCAAAACGGAAGGUUAGGUGCACUAUGCUGCACUUGUGCAAAGGUUUGUUUGACAUGA